UUCUCCAAGCUGGUCGUUAACGGCGUGGCCGAGGAUAAGGAAUGGGGUUUUAUCCGCGAGACUAAGAACUUCCAAGACGGCCAUGGAGUUACCGAUGUCAGCAGUGCCAAUCUCCAUUGUUUCCAGUUGAAGAGCGUGGGUUCAGCUGCAACUUCACUCUAGCAGCUGGUGGAGCUCUUGGCUUCAUCGCUGAUCAGGGCAUCAAUCAUCCCAGCCCUGUUCAGUUUUACAUGGCCAAGACACCCGAAAGAAAGUCAAUUGAUUCCUGGGAUGGUUCGGGUCAGGUUUGGUUCAAGGUUGCCUUCCUGGGCGAUAAGAUUACUCCAAAAUUGUCGCUAGCCCCAACAAUCGCCAAAAAUUCAUCGUUCAAUGUUCCUGAGAGCACUCCAAACGGCGAUUAUAUUGUCCAAGUGAGAGCAUUGCUCUCCAUUAGGCAACGGCGCCUGGCGGCGCGCAGUUUUAUCUCUCAUGCGCCAAGUCCAUAUAAUAAGGGGUGGAACUGGCACCCCUGGACCACUCGUAUCCAUUCCUGCUGUCUAUAUGAGCGGAGGACCGGGCCUCAUUUUGACACAAAGCACGACGCCAACAAGCCACUCGCCUCCAGGGCCGGAAGCUCGGGUUGGCUAAGCG